GGAGGGAGGGAGGGAGGGAGGGAAAGGAGUGCACCCAGGGACACGUGAUGGCUGGGUCUGGUGGUGCUGGGUCACGGCGUGGCUCACAUGGCAGCGGUGCAUGUCUGCUUGUUAUGUCACUACGUGCCGCCUUUUUUUUUUUUCUUGCCUUAGGGGGUGUGAUAGCUUACAUCAGCUCUUCAAGCUCGGCAUCUAGCCCAGCCUCAUGUCACAGCGAGAGCUCAGACAGCGGUUUCCAGUCGUCCUCUUCGCCUGUUCCAUCUUCUCCGAACAGCUCCUCCUCGGAAAGCAGCUGAAUGGCCGGAGUGGCGAGGGCUCCGAUGGGGCACCGAAGAGCGAUCGGCUGGAGGAGGCUGUUAAAACAAACCAGUCGAGUGUGGCUGGUUUGACAAAAGGCCAUAACGGAGUCACAAAAUUUAAUGGCAUGGUUCUUCUUUGCAAAGUCUGUGGAGAUGUCGCUUCAGGAUUUCAUUAUGGUGUUCAUGCCUGUGAGGGCUGCAAGGGAUUUUUCAGAAGAAGCAUUCAGCAAAACAUCCAGUAUAAGAAGUGCUUGAAGAAUAAUAACUGCUCUAUAAUGAGAAUGAAUAGGAACAGAUGCCAGCAGUGUCGAUUCAAAAAAUGCCUGUCUGUUGGGAUGUCAAGAGAUGCUGUUCGAUUUGGCCGUAUUCCCAAACGUGAAAAACAGAGGAUGCUGAUUGAAAUGCAGAGUGCCAUGAAAACCAUGAUGAACAGUCAGUUCAGCGGUCACUUACCCAAUGAAGCAUUAACAGAACAUCAAGAUCAAGCGCCUCCAGACGACCUUUCCUCCAAGCCCAAACAAGAGCGGGAAACCAUCAAAAGCCCUUCUCCCCCUCCUAGUGCUGACAUGGCUAAGGAAGAAGUGAUCGGGAUGGUCACCAGGGCCCACAAAGACACUUUCAUGUACAACCAAGAACAGUCCCAAAACCCGGCAGAGAUGAUGCAGCCCCAAAGUGGGGAGAGAGUAUCCAAGAGCGCUGAGCAGUACCUCCUGAGCAACGAGCACUGUGUUGGCGGGCUCGGUGGCCCUCAGUACCCUGAGAGCGAGCAGCACCUUGGCGGACAGUACAAAGGGAGAAGCGCGAUGCAUUAUCCCAGCGGGCAUGCCGUGUGUUUCCCAAGUGGGCACUGUAUGAACUUCACCGGGGGUUAUACUCAGCGACUGUGCGAUAGGAUCCCAGAAGACGGCUUUUCUCCAGGCAAGAAUGCUGCUUACUCCUGCAGCACCGGAGGAAGAAUGCAUCUGGUCUGCCCAAUGAGCAAGACUCCCCAUGUGGACCCAAACAAGUCUGGCCAUGAAGUCUGGGAAGAGUUUUCCCUGAGUUUUACUCCUGCGGUGAAGGAAGUGGUGGAGUUUGCCAAGCGCAUCCCAGGUUUCCGAGAUCUCUCCCAACAUGACCAGGUUAAUCUUCUGAAGGCUGGAACCUUUGAGGUUUUAAUGGUACGUUUUGCAUCUUUGUUUGAUGCAAAGGAACGUACCGUCACUUUCCUGAGUGGAAAGAAGUACAGUGUGGAUGACUUGCAUUCAAUGGGAGCUGGUGAUCUGCUCAACUCGAUGUUUGAAUUUAGUGAGAAACUGAAUGCCCUGCAACUUAGUGAUGAGGAAAUGAGUUUGUUUACAGCAGUUGUCCUGGUAUCUGCUGAUCGCUCUGGAAUAGAAAAUGUCAAUUCUGUGGAGGCACUUCAGGAAACACUAAUCCGUGCAUUAAGGACCUUAAUCAUGAAAAACCACCCAAAUGAAGCCUCUAUUUUCACCAAACUUCUUUUGAAAUUACCUGAUCUGCGUUCCUUAAACAACAUGCACUCUGAAGAACUCUUGGCCUUUAAAGUUCACCCAUAGGCCUUUAGGUCUCAUUUGUACUUGGACUUGCCUCGUGUUAAACUGUUUUGUGCUGAAAUAUGUAUUUAUACAGUUGUACCACUUGUUGGAGGGAGAGAGUUUGCAGACUGUGAGCUGUUGAUAGCUGUCCCGUAACCAUGCAAUAACGCUUCAGCAGGUGCUUUCAGCUAACGGCGACGCAGCGUUCCCAAGUCCUCCGAGAUGUCUGGACCUGGCUGCGCCGCCCUUCUGCGGGAGAGGUUGCGAUGAGCCUGAGUAAAUACAGACUGCUCUUUCAUUUAGAGACAAAAAAAAAAAAAAGAGCCACCGCUGCCCUCUCAUGUGAAGUGAGCGCAAAAUAACUGUAUGUGAAUCCAGAGCGUGGAAUGGAGUGGGAACAAUCCUGUGCUAAUAGGAAAAUGGAAGAGCUGAUUUAAUUGGUCUUUCACUUAUCUAAUAGAUGUCUGUCUGUGUCUCUUGGUAACUCACUCAUGGCUUCACUGUUGUUGUUCCAUUAAACCUGGUGGAAUGAUUUCAGCCUGCACCAGCUCUUCACCGAGCGUGUUUUCAUGCCAUGUGUAUAUACUAUAAAUAGUUAAGUAAUGAGUGUUUAUGGCUAUAUAAAGUACAGAGUUGUGUGUAUAUAUGUGUAUGUAUAUAAAUAGUUCUAUACAUAAAGUAUACAUAUAAUUUCUUCACAAUAUUUUAAACUGUGAAGGAAUUUAAACUUACAACAGAAGGUGAUCUAUGGAAAGAACCAAAUAGAUGCACUUUGCAUAUUGCUGAACUAAUUAUCUGAGCAUUUCUAAUUUUUAGAAAACAUCAAAUUUGCAUUAAUAUGCUGUGUUUG